AUGAGUCCGCUAGCUCCUCUCAAAGUCGCCAUUGCGGGAUGCAGCGGGCGCAUGGGCAAGCGGCUCCUCGCGCUGGCUGGCGCGGAUCCUAACUUGCAAUACGUGGGUGGCGUGCGGUCGUCGGCUGGGAAGAAUUCCGACUCACAAUCAACGAAUUGGCAGCAAUCUGCAAAUGCGGCGAACGUAACAAACGUCUACGCCUCCCUGGACGAGCUGAUCGACAAAAGCGGCCACAAACCCGCAGUCGUUGUGGACUUCAGCAAACCCGAUGGAACGAUGGCACUUGUGCCAGCGUGUGUGCGCCACGGCGUCUCUUUGGUCAUCGGCACGACCGGCUUUACCUCGCAGCAGCUAGAGGAGAUCGACGCUGCGGCGAAGAAAAUCCCGCUGUGCAUCGCGGCGAACUUCUCGCUCGGCGUCAACUUGCUGGUUCGGCUAGUCGGCGAGGUCGCCUCCAGUCUCGGCGAGGACUUUGAUAUCGAGCUCGUGGAGGCGCAUCACAACCGCAAGGUCGACGCCCCGAGCGGCACAGCUGUGGCUUUGCUGGACUCGAUUGCCAAGGCGACGGGGCGGACGACCUGCAACGGCCACGCCGACAGCGCAGGCGCCAGCGGAGAAAACCCCGGAGACAAGAUGGUGCUUGUCCACGGGCGCGAAGGGCGGGACGCGAAAAGAAGACGCGGAGAGGUCGGCGUGCACGCCCUGCGCAUGGGCAACGUAGUGGGCGAGCACAGCGUGAUGUACGCGAGCGACUUCGAGCGCAUCACGCUCAGCCACCACGCGGAAACGCGAGAUGUGUUUGCCUCCGGCGCUCUGCGCAUGGCGAAAUGGAUCGCGGGUCGGCCGAGCGGCAAAUACGAGGUCAGCGAUAUGCUUUUCGAGAGCGUCUCAAAGAAAUGA